AUGGCCGUGGGCUUGGACUGCGAGUCCACCGACCCUCGCGAGGGUAGAGCUAAUCAACGCGCCGCCAUCCUUCAACUCUCCAUCGCGCAACAGACUUUGGUCUUCCAUGUUGUUCAUGCCGAUGAAGUGCCACAACUUCUCAUAGAUUUCCUUGCGGACAAGAACAUUAGAUUCUGUGGCGCGGCAAUCCACAAUGAUUUGAAUAUGUUGCAUAGCUACAACAUUAUUGGUAUUCCGUAUGCAAUCAACCUCCAGCAGAUCCUCCAGAACCCCGUCCCAAAUAAGCAGACUCCGAGUUUGUAUGAUUUGGCAAAUCAUUAUAUUGGGACGGGUCUUGGGAAGAAGAAGAAAUUUAAUAAGAAGAACAAACUGCCGAAGACCUCCAAGGAAUUAGCAGAAGAAGAUGCACUGAUUUUUGGAUGGGGCAAUUUUCCCUUGAGCCAUAAGAAACUGCAGUAUGCCGCUCUCGACGCUCUCCUCGGCUUCGAGCUGGGUAGGAGGCAUUUCCGGGCACUUGGCUACAAUAGCUAG